GAUCUUCGACUUCUUUUUUGUUGUUAUUUUCUCGCCAUUGUUUUUCUCGAUUUCCUUCAACUCCGUCCCGACCAUCAUCCUCACCUUAUCACAGAGCCUAUCGACUGCUGGAAACCGAAUAUUUCCGGGACACCUUUAAACCGGGCAGUGGAUCUAUCUAUACGCAAUAGAUCAGAAGGGCAGUUCCAUUUUCGGCGCCACCGAGCACCACGUUCUUCAAAAAUCUCCUAAUUCAAUCUCAGCCCUCUUGCCUCCGCCAUCAUGUCGAGUCAUAUGUACGAUGACCAGCCCUAUGCAGUGUCACGACGUCAUUCGGUAAAAACACCUCCUCCUUCAUCCACGCCCCGGCACAGCAGAGGGCGCAGCCAGAGCGUCCGCGUGAGCAAUGGAACUGCCAGCACAAAUACUAGCAUCUCAAGUGGGAGGAUGUCGGAAGCGACGAAUAUCACUCAACCACCGGCAUACUCGAAAAAGUUCGUUGUGGUGGGAGAUGGUGGAUGUGGAAAGACAUGCCUCUUAAUUAGUUACUCACAAGGGUAUUUUCCGGAGAAAUACGUCCCGACAGUUUUUGAAAACUACAUCACACAAACCGUCCAUCGGGCCUCAGGGAAGACGGUCGAACUUGCCCUCUGGGAUACUGCAGGCCAGGAGGAGUACGACCGUUUGCGCCCAUUAUCCUAUCCGGAGACUGAUUUGCUCUUUGUUUGCUUUGCUAUUGAUUGCCCCGCCUCUCUAGAAAAUGUGAUGGAUAAGUGGUAUCCUGAAGUCCUGCAUUUCUGCCCUACGACUCCGAUCAUCCUGGUUGGGUUAAAGUCCGAUUUGCGCAACAAAAGGACUUGCAUUGAACUCCUCAAAACCCAAGGACUGACACCAGUGACCCCGGAGCAAGGUCAGGCAGUGGCUCGGCGGAUGAAUGCCUCGUACAUUGAAUGUAGUAGCAAGGAAAUGCGCGGUGUGGACGGGGUAUUCGAAACGGCUGUUGACACUGUUGUGUCGGCUGAAGAACAGUUUAGCUGGAACAACCGCCAAAGUCAUAACACCAGUGGUAAAGCUACUGGAGGUGGCGGUGGUCCCAAGAAGGUCAAGAAGCGUACAUGCAAGAUCUUGUAGACCGCUUUUCUUCUCUCUCGACGUGUCCCAUGCCCCCCUCUCUGUUUUUGUUUGAUAUGCUCCUGUUUUCUGCCGAAAGAAGCCUGGUUGCUUCGGCGGUUUGCUUCUCCUUGUACGCGAUAUGAAUUGGAUACGACCGGGAGAGGAUGGCCCACGCAGUACAACCCAUUAUGUGCUUUUCUAAAUGUUUUGUUAACGGCGGCCUUUUGAUUUUACAUUUUCAUGUUGCUAUACCUGUUUUGCCUUGAUGAUUGUCUCCAUGAAACACUAUUACCCUUCCUUUAUAUCCACUAUUAUUUGUCUGUGACCACCUUGAUUUUUUCAAAUUGGCAUGUUUUCCUCAUGAUGUCUGUCACGAAUCCGGUCCGAGGACCACUAUGUCAUAUGCAUGGGGUGGGUGUUUAUUGGCGCUGAGUCUCCCAUGUCACUGAAUAUAAAAACACUGUGAACCCCGAACGAUGUUUCUGCCUUGUAGUUUGAUAAUAUAUCAUCUAGAAAU